CAACCCCUCCGCCGGCCAACCUCCAACAGAAAUCAUUAGCAUGGACUCGCGUCACUGAUGCAUGAUUUAAUCUAUGUCAAAUCUGCUCAUUACUUCUCGGUCCACCCACCCAAGUGGUACCAAAGGGCUGGAACCUCUCUCGAUGAGGAAGUGGGCCAAUGGAGAUAUCAUUUCCGUUGAUAUUACUUUGGGACCUUUAAGCUUCUUGCCCCGGUGCCACCCAACCGAGGUGCCACCCAAACUUUCAGAUGAAGCCAUCUCAGCCGUCCUCGCCCAGACAAUUAGUACGCUCUCCGGCACUAAUUAACGCCAAAGGCUCUCUGGAACACCUUCCUGUAGCUCUGCCAUAGGCUCAUGGUCUGAAAGAGAACAAACAUGAGACGCCCAGACCCGACGCAGAUCUUCGCCCUCGCAGCCGAGUUUAUGGUUGUCGUUCCGACACUGGUCUUGUUCGCGGUCAUCUAUGCUGACGACCUGAGGACGACACUGUGGGAGAUCGGUGGGAACAAAGGAUGGAAUUCAGAUCCAAGACUCCGAAUAUACUUCUACGCAAAUCAUCGGGAACCACCUGAGAUUCCGUUUAUCUGGAGCCAGAGAUUAACCGACUCAGUCCUUGCCAUUGCAAUGCUCGGGGUUGCAGUAUGGUUGGCCAGGUUCACGCUUCUCUAUUUUGGGGCUACCAUGGCGAGGAUCAAUGCCGUGUACGAUAUCUUGCUUUCUGGUCUGUGGACUUACGCCGUGGUUGCCCAAUCGUCCGGCGACUUCUCAGAUCCAGAACACCCCUGCUCUCGACCGUGGUAUCUAGAGAAGAGCUGCACGCAGGUUGGAAGUCAGAAUAGAGGGGCCUGUGUUGCCGCCAAGGUAUCGUUCUUCCUUGCGCUUCUCGCCAUGUGAGUUGAGCCGAACCAAGAUUCCUCUCUCACGCCACGUGCUAAUUGCUGUUGCUCUCCAGGACUAUGUAUUUUGUGCGAGCCAUAUUUUCCGUCUUAGCCCUGGCAUAUUGGUGUGGAGA